AUGGCGCCCAUCUCGACUUCCACGAUAACCGAGGCCUCCCCAACUCCGCAAUCUGCCGCCUACAGCUUUCGUGCAAAGGCCAAAGCAAAGAGCAAGAAUCCCAAUUUUGCAGCGGUGUCUUGUGGAGGCUAUGAUUAUCCCGGGAUUCCAGUUAUCGAAGACCCAUACAAGAAACGACAAUGGCAACUAGAACAUAUGGCUGGGGCUUUCAGGGUUUUCGCGCGCAAAGGAUUCACAGAAGGGACUGCAGGACACAUCAGCGUGCGAGACCCGGUAGACCCUAAAACAUUUUGGAUCAACCCGUUAGGGAAGCAUUUUGCCAUGCUCAAGGCCAGUGACAUGGUCCAUGUGGAUGAAAAUGGACAGGUCAUCGGUGGUAACCAAGUGGCCGUCAAUGCGGCCGGGUUUAUGAUUCAUUCGGCAAUUCACAAGGCCCGGCCGGACAUCAAUGCCGCGUGCCAUACCCAUUCUCCCGCCGGGAAAGCGUGGUCAACGUUUGGCAGGCCCUUGGACAUCAUUAAUCAGGAUGCUUGUACAUUCUGGAACAAUCAGGCAGUUUAUAACUCGUUUGGAGGAGUCGUUCUAGAGAAGGAGGAAGGUGAGAGGAUUGCACAAGCAUUGGGCGAGAAAAACAGGGUUGUCAUUCUUCAGAAUCACGGUCUUCUUACGACGGGCAGCACAGUCGACGAAGCCGCCUAUCUUUUUACUUUGAUGGAGCGAACCUGCGAAGUCCAAAUCAUGGUUGAAAGUGCAGGCAUUGAAAAGGUCUUCGUUGGAGACAGAGAGGCAGAAUAUACUUAUCAAAGUGGUGCAGACCCGGAGACACUGUACACAGAAUUCCGGCCUGACUUUGAAUAUGAGAUAUGGAAAUCGAAGGGUGAGCUGACUGAUGGAUUGUAA